CUUCCCUCCGUUUAUCUUUCUUCGUCUUUCUGCAGAAUCCGUUUAAAACCCGCGUUUACCGACUGCAGCGGGGAUCCGGAGCCGCGCUAAGCUUGCUGUUAGCUCUGAGCUGCGGGGCACUGUUAGCUCACCUGUAAAGCUCCCUGACUGCCUGUGCCUAGUUUGACGUUGCCUUAGGGACACAGCAGCCCAGGAUGGUUUUGAUAGAGGGUGUGGGUGAUGAGGUCACUCUACUCUUUGGAGUGGUGUUUCUGGUGCUGGUCCUGGUUUUGGCCUGGAUCUCCACACACACUGCUGAGCCUUCUGAGCACCUCCUCUCCACGCGCCCAGAAUCUGCUGCCCCCUCUUUCGAAGAAGAGAACCAGGAGCCCAUUCCCACCAAUGACAUCAGCUCACCGUCCCAUGGCCUUAGGGAGGACAGUAAGGCCGAGACCGAGAGAGCGGGUGAGGAACACAAUUCAGAGGAAGGAGGAGGGGAUGAAGGCCUGCUGAGAGCGGAUGGUCUGAGACGCAGAGAGGCAGCAGGGCCUUCGCUUGCCACAGAGCCACCAGCUAGUGCCUCAAGAUCAACACAGCCCAGCCCUUCUGAAGACACGCCCAACGACACAGAGAGGAACAUGGUGCUGAGGCUAAAGUUCCUAAACGACACAGAGCGAGUAGCACAGGUCAACCCUGAGGACACCAUUGGUUACAUUAAGAGGACCUACUUCGCUGGACAGGAACACCAAGUCCGGCUAAUCUACCAGGGCCAGCUCCUCCAGGAUGACGCCCAGACACUUUCCUCGCUGAACCUGUCCGAUAACUGUGUCCUCCACUGUCACAUCUCACAGCAUGCCACUCGGGCUGUGCCGGCAGGCACCCGUGCUGCGGACCAGGUGCAUGUGGCACUGAACGUUGGUAGCCUGAUGGUGCCAUUGUUCGUGCUCAUGCUGUCAGUGCUGUGGUAUUUUCAGUUCCAGUAUCGCCAUUUUUUCACCACACCUGCCACUGCCUCGCUCGUGGGCAUCACCAUUUUCUUUAGUUUUGUAGCAUUUGGGGUGUACCGUCGUUGAUGGUUUAAAUCGACAUAUAAAAAAUGCUUGCGUGCACACAUUCUCACACUAGCACAUCAGCGCUGGUGUCUCUUGCUUCUGGGAUCUCUGGACUCUCGGGUUGUUUGAAGGCUGCAAUUUCACAAAAUGAUCACUGAGAUCCAUGUUUUUUUUUUCUUCACCAAGUGUAUGCUUGUUGUCACAGAAUGAAAUGUGCUAUAUAUAUAUAUAUAUAUAUAUAUAUAUAUAUAUAUAUAUAUAUAUAUAUAUAUAUAUAUACAUAUAUAUAUUUUUUUUUUUUUUUUUUUUUUAUAGAAAUGCUCAUUGUGCCUAUCAUAUUUUUCUCAUUUUCUCAAUGUGUAGCCAGCACCUGGUUGUAGAAGGCAGGGUCACAGUCACAUGACUGUCUGUCUGUAUGUCUUGCACUGCUGCAGAGUAGGCAGUGCUGCUGAUGUUCAUUUGGACUAUUGAAGUACUUUAUGUUGAAACAAAGGCUUUUGAAACAAGGAAAUAAUCUAUUAAAUUCUUUUAUUUAUCAGUGAUUGUCAUUUGUGAAGUAACUGCUGUUUUUCCUCUAUAUACAUUUUGCAGUGGUGGCCCAUUGUGCACUAAAAUGUAAUUAUAAAAGGUCAUGAAAAAUUAUGCAGAGGGUUAUUAAAGGUUUGAAAUGACCGAUACAGUGCAGUCUUCUGACAGUUCUGCAUUAAACCCUGUUAAACCUUGCCAUGCUUGGCUGCUGUUCCUGUUUAGCUUUGGAGCUUUAACCCUGCCAAACCUGACUGUAACUAUGCCAACUCCUCAUCUGUGGAUCCUGACUGUGGACCCUGGUUACACCCCUGCUGCAGUUGCUGCUGACAAAUCUUGGAGGAAGCAACUUCAUUAUCUGUUUUUUUCCUUUUCAUCAUUGUUAUGGGUCCAGAGGUGUCCCAGAUUAAUUGGAUGCUUGAAUGCACAGCGAUUGGGGAAAGCCAAAGCUUGUGUAAAUUAGUUUGGUUAGUUCUGUAAUGUGUUUGAAAAUGGUUGCUUCGAAGGACAGCGCGGCGGACUUAUUCAAAGCUGGAGGUGAAUGCACAAGACUAAAAUCACACCUUGCCAUUUCUCAUCUUAAUUACUUAAGAAUGCCUCAACACAUCACCAACCAUAUUGCUCUCUGGCACAAACCUGUUCUGAACUGUGAUCCAGUGUGUAUCUGAGUUUUCCUGCUGCUGUGUACACAGGAUUGUGGCAUCAACACAUGAACUUGUGUGACUUCAUGCCACCCAGGUCCUGUGGAGGUAAAGAAGACAUCGUGCAAGUGUUGCGGGGAAGGCCUUUUGCCAUCAUACUAUUGCUCUUCUUUAUCAGAGUGCCCAUUACAUCACUAUGGGCUUUAAAACAGUCCCUCUUCCAGUAGCCUGUUCUGUUAUAGUUUGUUGUUUUUUGUGGAAAUAUGGAAUUUUCUAAAUAAACUUGUAUUCUUUG